GAAGUGCCGAUUUGGGGGCACAACGGUAGAGCUUCUUCUAUCGUACUCCCUCCCUUCCGCCCAAAAAUAAAACCCUAGAGUAGCGGAAGAAGCUCUCUUGCUCUCGUCCUCCCCCGAACUCCUUCAAUCUUGGGCUCCAAUGGAGGAGGAGGAGCUCCAGAAGGCCGUGUACGCUUAUCUGAGGAAGAAAGGCUUCAGGCAGACUGAGCUCGCCCUUCAAGAAGAGCAGAACCGCCUUUCCUCCUCCGCUCAGUCCGAUCUCGCUGUCUCCAGAUUAGACAAUGAUCCUGCAAGAUACCAUGAUGCGUAUAGCAAGCUAAGAUCGUGGGCAUAUAGUUCAUUGGAUUUGUACAAGCAUGAGCUUCUCCGUGUGCUCUAUCCAGUUUAUAUACACUGCUUCAUGGAUCUUGUGGCAGAAGGGCAUAUGCAGGAAGCUCGUACAUUUUUUCAUACUUUUCGUGAAGACCAUGAACUGACGCAUUUACGGGACCUUCAAAAGCUGGAAGGCAUUCUCUCACCCUCACAUUUGGAGGAGAUGGAGCUUGCUCGUUCUUUGAGGCAAAACAAAGUCAAAAUAAAACUGUGUGAGUAUUCCUACGACCUCCUGCUGCAAUACCUUCAGAAGACACAAUCCUUUACCAUGCUUGGGAUAAUCAAUGAACAUAUAAAUUUUGAAGUAUCUGCUGGGCAGCCUUCCUCAAUUUCUGAUGAUGCGGAUGUUGUAGCCUUAGUGGGGAGUAGCCAGGACAUAGCUAAACACAUUAAUCAGAAGGAAGUACGUUGGGGGUUGCUUGAAGAUUCAGUUGAAGAACGUUUGGAGAGAGCACUUUCAGACUCUGAGAAGGCUGAGGGUGAAAACAAAGAGGUGGACCCAGAAGAUAGCAAGCAGAAAAGGUCUGUGGAGGGAGCAAAACAAGGUGUUUCUGUCAAGAAGUUGAAAAAGGACAAGCUUGUUGGUGCAACGGGGAAAAACAUCCGCUCUGAGACAAGCACAGUCUCCAUGGCUCCUCGAGUGAAACCAGAGCUUACUCUACCUGUGAUGACUACUGAAGUAGAACAAUCUAUUCUCGAGGACUUAAGAAAUCGGGUGCAAUUAAGUAGCUUGGCAUUACCUUCUAUCAGCUUCUAUACCUUCAUUAAUACACAUAACAGUUUAAAUUGUUCAUCUAUUUCUCAUGAUGGGUCAUUGGUUGCUGGUGGAUUUUCCGACUCUUCUCUGAAGGUUUGGGACAUGGCAAAGAUUGGUCGACCCACCAAAACCUUUACCGAACAACAACCUUCAGCCAAUUUGCAGGGGGAAAGUGAAUCUGUUCAAAAUGAGCAUUUGCUGGGGCCGGAGGAGAGGAAAAGAUCUUACACAUUGUUUCAGGGUCAUGCUGGACCUGUUUAUUCAGCUACAUUUAGUCCUUUUGGGGAUUUUCUUUUGUCUUCAUCAUCAGAUUCAACAAUCCGGUUAUGGAGUACCAAACUGAAUUCAAAUCUUGUCUGCUACAAAGGUCAUAAUUACCCUGUGUGGGAUGUUCAAUUUAGUCCUGUUGGCCAUUAUUUUGCUAGUUGUUCACAUGAUCGGACUGCUAGAAUUUGGUCGAUGGACAGAAUCCAACCUCUGCGAAUAAUGGCUGGACAUCUUUCUGAUGUUGAUUGUGUACAAUGGCAUGCCAAUUGUAAUUACAUUGCAACCGGAUCAAGCGACAAAACUGUCAGACUUUGGGAUGUACAAAGUGGGGAAUGUGUACGUGUUUUCAUUGGUCAUAGGAGCAUGGUAUUGUCAUUGGCAAUGUCUCUUGACGGACGAUAUAUGGCUUCUGGUGAUGAAGAUGGUACCAUCAUGAUGUGGGAUCUCUCAAGCGGUCGGUGUGUUUCACCAUUAAUGGGACAUAGCUCCUGUAUAUGGACACUUGCUUUUAGUUGUGAGGGGACAUUGCUUGCUUCUGGAUCUGCUGACUGUACUGUUAAAUUAUGGGAUGUGACCGCCAGCAUGAAGGUGCCAAGGAUGGAGGAGAACAAAGCUAGCAGCACGAACCGACUGAGAUUGUUGAAGGCUCUCCCGACCAAGUCUACUCCUGUCUACACAUUACGGUUCUCUCGGAGGAAUCUUUUGUUUGCUGCUGGGGCACUUUCAAAACAGGUGUGAAUAUGGCUGUUAAAAUGAGCGGCAGAGUACACAUACGGUUUAGAAGAAGUCAGUUCGUGCAUAUGUAUGUCUCUACAUUCUUUCAUGUUUGAAUCCGAGGCAUCUUCAUUUUCUUUUUAGAAGUUGGCUCUAUUGUAUGUUUCUUUUUCUUUUUUAUUUUUUCCCGAGAACAUGUCUAUCUGCUGUUGCUGAUUGUUUUUCCCCUUAGUUUUGAAAGAUUGUAUUUAAACACAUUCCUGCAGCAAGACUCAAUUUAAAUGUCGUAUUUAUUUAA